AAAACCAGAAAUGGAUUCAUUUUCCUUAGAUCUUAGCAACAAAAUAGUACUGGACUCAGAAACUGAUGAGAGAAGGAGAGAGAGAGAGAGAGAGAGAGAAUGAAUUCAUCCCAACCAUCUACAUCACAAGGCACAGAGAAAGGACACUUCUCUUCCCAAAGGCUCUUAUGGACUGUUGCUGGGGUCUGCAUUCUACUGCUCAGUGUCUGUUUUAUCACCAGAUGUGUUGUGACGUAUCAUAGCUUUCAACUCUGUGAUGAGAAAAAGUUCCAGCCAUAUGAGGAUUUAAUGGACUUCUCCUGCUACAAAGAUGUAUCGGGUUCAGUCAAGAAUUGUUGUCCGUUGAGCUGGAUCCAUUUUCAAUCUAGCUGCUACUUAUUUUCUACUAACACCAUGUCCUGGGCAUCAAGCGUAAAAAACUGCUCAAACAUGGGAGCACAUCUGGUUGUUAUCAACACACAGGAGGAGCAGGAAUUUCUUUUCUACGCGAAACCGAAAAGGAGAGAGUUUUAUAUUGGACUGACAGACCAGGUGAUUGAGGGUCAGUGGCAAUGGGUAGAUGGCACACCUUUCACCGAAGCUCUGAGCUUCUGGGACGAAGGGGAGCCCAAUAAUUUAGUUACAGUGGAGGACUGUGCUACCAUACGAGACUCUUCAAAUCCGAGGAAAAAUUGGAAUGACGUGCCCUGUUUCUUCAAUGUGUUUCGGAUUUGUGAAAUGCCUGAAAUAAGUGCUUUGAAUAACAAAAAAAUCUUCUGAGAACAGAGAGCACAACUGAAAUGCAUAAAUACAGAGGCACAAGAGCAUGAACACAACACCAACACGAGAAAACUGUGCACUGCACUUUAUAAGGACUACCUAGAGACUUCAUAAGGACUUGUCGCUUUUGAUAUAAAUAAACUAAGUAGUUUUGGGGCGCCUGGGUGGCUCAGUCGGUUAA